AUGCGGUCUGCGCUGUUGGCUCUCUCCCUGGGCACCGCCCUUCCGGCGACGUGGGGUCAAUUCGUCGCCGCCCCGAACGAUCUUAUCUCGACAAAGGGGCACAUGGAUAUUCCCGUGCGAUACAAGGAGGUUCCGACUGGCGUGUGUGAGACAGACCCGUCCGUGAAAAGCUACUCGGGCUAUGUGGAUGUUGCAGAGGACCAGCAUAUCUUCUUCUGGUUCUUCGAGGCGCGCAACCAGGACCCGAAACACGCUCCAUUGACAGUGUGGAUUAACGGAGGCCCGGGCUCUUCGUCGAUGAUCGGUCUCUUUCAAGAAAAUGGACCUUGCGGUAUAGAUAUCAAUGGCUCUGUUUACAACAAUCCUUACUCCUGGAAUAAUGUCAGCAACAUGCUAUAUAUCGACCAGCCCACCCAAACAGGUUUCUCCUAUAGUAUUCCAGUCCCCGCGUACCAAGAUCCUACCACGGCUGAUGUGAUCUCUUUGCCUAACAACACCUGCCCUGAAUAUGCCGCCGACUUUUCCUGUGGUACCUACUCGUACCCCAAUGUCACGUUGACAGCCAAUUCAACCGACAAUGCGGCCCCCAAUUUCUACCGUACUCUGCAAGGCUUCAUGGGCGCCUUUCCACACUACUCAAGAGAAGGCUUCCAUUUCACCACCGAGAGUUACGGAGGGCAUUAUGGACCUGUUUUUAACGAGUAUAUUGAACAACAGAACGAACAUCUCCAGCACGGAGCGAAGAAAAUUAAAUUAGAGAGUGUGAUGAUUGGGAAUGGCUGGUAUGAUCCGAUUAUUCAGUACCAAGCAUACUACAACUUCACGGUCUACCCCGGAAACACUUAUGACUACCUCCCCUACAACGACUCAGUCAGCUCCUUGUUGUAUAACAACUUGUACGGCCCUGGUAACUGCCUCUCGCAGCUUCUCGAUUGUGCUGCUCGUGGUAUCAACGAUAUUUGCAGCACGGCCGACAAUUUCUGCGCCAACCACGUAGAAUCAGUCUAUGAUAAAUACCUUGGCCGUGAUGAAUACGACUUCCGAGAGCUGACUCCCGACCCCUUUCCGUACGAUUUCUAUGUUGACUACCUCAAUACGCCCUCUGUGCAAGCUGCAAUCGGAGCCUAUGUCAACUUUUCGGAGAGCAGUAAUGCCGUCAGUUUAGCUUUCUCCAGCACAGGUGAUGAUGGCCGUUUGUCGCACACCACAGAGGAUGUCGCCAAACUGGUGGAACAAGGGGUUAAUGUGAUCAUGUAUGCCGGGGAUGCCGACUACAAUUGCAAUUGGUUGGGUGGCGAGGCUGUGUCUCUCGCCGUGGGCGUCCCCCACUUCUCCAGUGCUGGGUAUACUAAUAUCUCUACGGAUGAUGACGUUGUGCACGGGCAAGUACGACAGUCAGCAAACUUUGCGUUUGUGAGGAUUUACGAGAGUGGCCAUGAGGUACCUUUUUACCAGCCGCUGGUAUCUCUAUCACUUCUUGAACGUGUGAUUAAUGGAUUGGAUGUUGCUACCGGAAAGGUUCGCAUUCAUCCAGGAUAUAAGACUGUCGGUCCUUCGAAGAGUACCUACAGAGAGGGUAACGGAACUGUUCAGUGGAAGGUGUUGCCCACGGAUGCUAUAUACAACACGACAACAAACGCCCCCAACCCUAUCAAGAAGGCGGCUCGUAAUUUGUUGCAAAGGAAUGAUCGACCAUUUAAGCCAAAGUACUUGUAA